CCAUCAGGAUGGUUAUUUGGAGUUGACAACAUUGUAAAUGGAUUUUUUGCGGUUGACAUAUUCAUUACAUUUUUUGUAGCAUAUCUCGACAAAAAGACAUAUCUACUCGUAGACAGUCCCAAAUAUAUUGCUAUUAGGGAAGCUUGGGAGAGGCCUUUUUUUUGGCUUAUUGAAUAUGUUACGUCUCUGGCGUUUGAGAAGAGUUAGUUCUCUUUUUGCAAGAAUUGAAAAGGAUAUUCGUUUCAACUAUUUCUGGACACGUUGUGCAAAGCUUCUUUGUGUAACAGUGUUUGCUGUUCAUUGUGCUGCUUGCUGUUAUUAUCUGCUUGCAGAUCAAUACCCUGAUGGACGGAAGACAUGGAUUGGUGCAGUUAUUCCAAAAUUUAGAGAAGAAAGCCUUUGGAUCCGCUAUGUUACUUCUAUAUACUGGUCUAUAACAACUCUAACAACAGUUGGAUAUGGAGAUCUACAUGCUGAAAACACUAGAGAAAUGAUUUUUGAUAUUUUUUACAUGUUAUUUAAUCUAGGCCUCACUGCAUACCUGAUUGGAAAUAUGACAAAUCUUGUUGUUCAUGGUACAAGCCGAACAAGAAAAUUUAGAGACACAAUUCAAGCAGCUUCAAAUUUUGCUAUUCGGAAUCACUUGCCUUUGCAUUUGCAAGAUCAAAUGCUUUCACAUAUAUGCUUAAAAUUCAGAACAGAGGGCAUGCAACAGCAGGAAACUUUGGAUGAUCUCCCAAAAGCAAUCCGCUCCAGCAUUGCACAAUAUCUCUUUUUCUCCUUUGUUGAAAAAGUGUACCUAUUCCGUGGAGUUUCAUAUGACUUUAUAUUCCAGAUGGUGUCAGAGAUGAAGGCAGAAUACUUUCCUCCAAAAGAAGAUAUCAUUUUGCACAAUGAAGCGCCUACAGAUUUCUAUGUCUUAGUAUCAGGGUCUGUGGACUUAAUAACAUACAAAGAUGGAACUGAGCAGAUCAUUGGAUUUGCUGAGAGAGGGGAUGUGUUUGGAGAAAUUGGUGCGCUCUGUUACAGACCACAGCCUUACACAGUUCGUACAAAGAAACUUUCUCAGAUUUUGCGCUUAAACAGAAGUUCAUUUAUGAGCAUUGUACAAACAAAUAUUGGAGAUGGGACAACCAUUAUGAACAACCUUCUUCAGCAUUUGAAGGAAUCAAAUGAUCCAACAUUUAAUGAACUUGCAACUGAGAUGAUGUGGUUAAUGUCAAGAGGAAGAUUGGAUUUACCCAUCAAUCUUUGUUUUGCUGCAUCAAGAGGGGAUGCACAGAUAAUGGAACAACUCUUAAACAGAGGAAUAGAUCCUAAUGAAGCAGACUUUAGCGGUCGAACUCCACUACACAUAGCAGCAGCAAGAGGAUUCAUGGAUUGCGUGCGCCUUCUUUUGAGCUUUGGGGCAGAUGUCAAUAGCAAAGAUGAAGAUGGGAGCUUUCCACUGUGGGAGGCUAUUCUUGGAAGACAUGAAUUAGUUGCAAAAUUUCUUUCCGAGAAUGGGGCAUCUUUAGAUUCCAAUACUGGCAGUUUUUUGUGCAUGGCUGUAGAGAAAGGUAGUCUUGAUAUAUUAAAUGACCUAAUCCAAUAUGGAGCAGAUCCUAAUUCAAUUUGUAAAGAUGGCAGGACAGCCCUUCAUGUGGCUGUUACUGAUGGGAACUUAGACAUGGUGAAAAUUCUCUUGCAAAAUGGAUCGAACAUGAAUAAAACUGACAACAACGGGUGGACAUCUAAGGAUUUGGCAGAGCAACAAGGUCAUGAGGAAAUAUCUGCCAUAUUCCAGGAAACACAGGCUACCGGUCCUGAGUUUCACUUACAGAUAGAAAACCCCUUUUCCCAAUCUCAUGCAGAUCAGGAUGAGAAUAUAGGCAUGAAAGAUCUCCCUCAACAUAUGGCAAAGACUAGCACACCACUUGUUAAGCACUCAAGUUCACCAACACCAGUUCUAAAUGAAAGAAAGAAAAGAACGCAUAAUUUGGAGAACACUCUAUUUGGUAUAAUAGCGAAUUCUCAUAAUAGUCUUACAGAUGGCAGCAUAAAUACCUGUGAAAGCAAGCACGUGAGGCUGAACCCUUAUAAUUCACCUAGAGUGACAAUUCAUGGUGGUCACCCAAAGUCCAUGAAAUCAAUUGGGCAACCAGGAAAACUGAUAUUGUUACCAGAAUCAUUGGAGGGCCUUCUUAAAAUUGCUAGCCAAAGAUUUGGUUACCAGCCUAUAAAAGUUUUUAAUAGUGAUUAUGCUGAAAUAGAUGACAUCAAUGUCAUAAGAGAUGGUGAUCAUCUAUUCCUUGUGAAAAGGGAAGACUUGAAGGGAACAAUCGAAGAGAGGAUAAAAGAGAACACGUCUGACAAACAUAUCCUGUAAAGUUCAUUAUUUUAGCAUAAUAAAGAUCAAUAAAACCAUUUCAAGAACUACUAUGUAUUUGUCUUGAUAUUUUUUGAGGAGGAAAGAAAAAAGAGGCAACGAUGUAUCAUUUAAAAAUGGAAAGAAGUCAAGCAACAGCCCAUAGGUUGAAAAUUUGUGACAAAAAGCCACCAAAAGUGUGUCCUCGAGAUGAGGCAUUCAAGAAGCAUAGCUUGGAAUCUUCAGUCAAUACAGCAUAUAGUAGUGCAUUAAAUUAGAUAUGGUGUCUAGUUACAUGCCUGUCAGUUUGUUAUUUUUCUAAGCACUGCUUUAAUUGAUGUGCUACUAUUUAGCAUACUCAAAGUACGUAAAAGAAAAUAUGCUUUAGAAUCAGGAAAAAUACCAUCAGAUUCCUCUA